AAUCCACAGCCGUGAACUUCAGGUUACGUGUUUUGGGCCACGGAUUAACCAAAUAGAUAAUAUAAAACCAGAGAACAAGAAUAUAAAUGAAAAGGGAGUUUUCUAACCAUGGCUUCUCUACUGAGCUCUGCUCUGAACUUGCCUUUCAACCAGUUCAAUGAUGGAAAUGCAAAAGCUCUCCCAGUAAAAGCGUUGUCAAACAGAGAUUAUCUUUUUGCUAGAAGAACCAGUGGAUGUCAUGGGCAUUAUCUGACGAUAAAAUCUAAAACAUCCUUCAAAGCUGACGUGCUUGCCAAAGAAUCUUUGAAUGUCGAGGCAGCUGAUGAAACAAAUGAUUUUGGAGUUCUUAGUGUUCAUCAUGUGGGAAUCUUAUGUGAGAACCUUGAAAGGUCAUUGCAGUUUUACCAGAAUAUUCUCGGUCUUAGAAUAAAUGAGGCACGACCACAUGAUAAGCUCCCUUACAGGGGUGCUUGGUUGUGGGUGGGGUCUGAGAUGAUACACUUAAUGGAGCUUCCAAAUCCCGACCCAUUAACUGGCCGACCAGAACAUGGUGGUCGAGAUCGUCAUACUUGCAUAGCAAUUCGGGAUGUGUCUAAACUGAAAGCAAUUCUUGAUAAAGAAGGCAUCUCGUACACCCUCAGUCGCUCUGGGAGACCGGCAAUUUUCACACGAGAUCCUGAUGCCAAUGCCCUUGAAUUUACACAAGUUGAAUGAUGCUGAAUGGCGUCGAGAAACUUUAAAGCUCUGUGUAUAAAUAAGAUUGUAUGCCAUACUUGGCCAUUGAUGUCUAUGUAUUUAGACUUACGAAGAUAGGUAAGUACGAAUUAAUACCGCUGAU